AUGGCGAGCACGUAUGACCUCGUAGUAGACGUUGAUAGUGUGGAGCAGCCCGAAGACACGACGCACGACGUCCUAUUCAAGAUCGGCGUUGUGGCAGACAUCCAAUAUGCCGAUGUGGAGGAUGCCACGUCGUUCCACGGCGUCCCCCGCUUCUACCGGAACAGCCUGAUCGGCCUGCGGCGCGCCCUGUCGGCGUUUGAGGCCGAGGGGGUCGCCCUGACCCUCGACCUCGGGGAUGCGGUUGACGCCAAGCAGAAGGCGGCGGCGCAUGCAGGGUUCGACGCCGUGCUCGGCUGCUUCGAGAGCCGCCCCUUCCCGUCUUACCAUCUGGUGGGCAAUCACGAUUUGUACAACCUACCACGGCCCGAGCUGAACAAGAGGCUGGGCAUCGCGCCGGCGGGCCCCUACGGCUCCUCUUACUACUCAUUGGUCCCUCACCCCAGCACGCGCAUCUUAGUGCUUGACAGCUAUGAGCUCAGCCUCUUGGACGCCGCCCAGGGCCCAGACCACCCGCUGCGAAUCAGGGCGGAUCAGAUCAUGGCUGUCAACCCGAAUUCGAACAAGCACAGCCCGGACGGCCUCGUCGGGGAGCAGCGGCGCUUCGUUGAGUUUGGGGGCGGCGUGGGGGAGGGGCAGCUGGAGUGGCUGCGGGCGGAGCUGGAAGCUGCUAAGGCGGCAGGGCAGCGGGUCAUUGUGGCGGGCCACGUGCCAUUCUGCCCUGGCACCUGCCCAGAGCCCUGUGUGCUGUGGAAUUACGAGGAAGUGCUCGCCCUGCUGGAGGCCUCUGGGGUGGUCUCUGCCACCCUGGCUGGGCACGCACACAUGAAUGGCUACGUGCUGCGCAACGGGAUCCACCACAUUGUGAUGCCAUCGAUCCUGGAGACGCCCCCAGAUCGCGACGCGUACGCCACGCUGGACGUCACACCCUCAGCACUCAUCUUGCGCGGCCACGACACCUGCAUGUCACUCAUCCUGCGAGUGGCCGGCCCCACCGGUGCACCGCUGGCGCAGCCGCUGCCUCUGCGCACGCUGGCGCCAUGGGCGGAGGCGGCGGUGAAGCAGCGGCGAUCGGGCGGUGACUGCACCAGCAAGGCGGUUGAGGCUGCAGCCGCAAGCAAUGCAGAGGGCGCCGUGAUGGCGCUGACCCCAAUGGUCCAGGCUUAA